ACCGACUGAAGUUCUGCUUAUACUCUGCCGUCGGUAGCCUACGCUAGAAGUGCGUUUAACUUUGAGAUACAAGCAUGGAUAACCUUAUCGUCGUUAAGAACAGUGAUGAUUUGGAAAUAGAGGACCGGGAAAGUCUACACACCGCAAUAAAGGAAUGUCCUGGGAAAGCGGAGGGAGUUGAGGACCGCAUCGAGUCGGAUAGUGGGGAUCCUACGCAGAAACCCCCCUACUCUUAUGUGGCUUUAAUCGCGAUGGCUAUCGAGGAGAGCCAGGGGAAAAAGUUAACACUGAGCGGGAUUUACCAGUUCAUCAUCUCCAGAUUUCCUUAUUACCAGGCAAGUCAAAAGGGAUGGAAGAACAGCAUUCGCCACAACCUCAGCCUUAAUGAAUGUUUUGUGAAGGUUCCAAACUUGAAUGGAGGGGAGAGGAGAGGCAAUUACUGGAUGAUGGACCCUGCCUUUGGAGACAUGUUCGAUAAAGGCAACUACCGACGACGGAGACGGCUGAAACGUUCAUACAGACCCCCUAUUUCACCCUACCUGCCGGGAACAGCGAUGCUGAGCGUACCUGAGCCGCAUUACUUUCACCAGGAAUCGGUGUACUGGCAAACACCAUACGUCACCAACAUGUGGAGUGCACCCCAGGGCAGUCCAUCCCCACCGGGAUCACUUUACCAACAGGCUACGACCACCAGCGGUAACCCAUCCUCGGUGUCCCCUAAGACGUACCCUGACUCUCCUGUGAUGUACUACCAUAUCCCCCCGUCCUGUAGCCGGUGCCACCGGGUCCCUGAUGUACGGAUGCCUCAUUGCGGCCCCUCUGGCAGUCUCCCUCAACUCCCGUAUGCCAGGUAUCCCGAAACAGAGCAAUACCAUUCGUAUGAGUGACACUGUUGCAACUGUUCAUUUUGCCAGGUCUGUUGUAAAAAAACGAAAUCAUUGUGUGAUGAAGCAUGUGGCGCUGUAAGAUUUAUCUCCUAGCCUACCUCAAGUUCUUUUACGCGAACCCAAAACGAGUUCACUAAUGUUUCAUUACAGUUUGUUCCACGUUUUGCAUUGAUCUCAGAUGGAUUUAGAUAUUGAAUUAUUGUUUUACAAAUACGCAGGUUGUGCAUCUGUUUGUGACUAUGAUGUUGCUGCUAUAGCCUGUUAGAUUAGUACACUGCAGCAACAAUCAUGUUGUGCGAUCAAAUCCUUGGCCAAGAAACUUUCUUAAUACGAGGGCAUAUAUUUACAUAUCUGUUACAGGUCGUCAUGCACUUUCCCGGUUGACAUUUAAUUAUGGAAAACUAGUGCCAAAUCGAUAGAUGUUUGAAUAGCUUUUUGCUGGAAGUUUUACACCGUUUGUUAUACUGUUACAGAAUUAUUUUCUAAUAAAAAGUACUCUUUUUCA